UGACCAAUGUGAUUCUGGAAUUAGAGAAUAUAGAUAAUCAGAAUUCAGAUUCACAAUAAUUCCUCUUGCUUGUUUGUUUUGUUGUUUUUGAUUGUUCAUUGUUGUUUGUUGAGAGCGGAUAAGGAUUUUUACUUUUUAAUUGUUUUCAUUUAAAUGUUUCAUAAAGAUUUACCAGUGUAACAAAUAUUUCCAAACGAAUAACAGGAAUACAACAAAAUGGAGUCUCUUGCUGUUAGACAACCGAAGAAAACAGGCCAGGAAUAUUAGUUUAUUGUGCGUGACAAGCUACGUCUUACACUCGCGAUUUGUAUGACACUUUGUGUUAGUGUUCGUGCAUUGCCCAAAAUAGAGAGUAAUGGGUCAGACUUUAUCAGAGCCAGUGACCGAGAAGCAAUCAUCGACAUGCCAGGACUCCCGCUACCUCGUUGGGUCCUCGUGUAUGCAAGGAUGGAGGGUGUCCAUGGAUGACUCUCACACUCACAUUCUUUCACUACCCGAUGACCCUGGCACUGCCUUCUUUGCCGUCUACGAUGGACACGGAGGAGCAAAUAUUGCCGAAUAUGCUGGCAAACAUUUACACAAAUUUAUAACCGCAAGGCCGGAAUACCAUUUAGGAAAUAUAGAAGAGGCUAUGAAACAGGGAUUCUUGGACCUCGACCAGGCAAUGUUAGAAGGGAAUAUGCAAGACAAAGUCGCGGGCAGUACAGCUGUGGUGGUGUUGAUAAAGGAUAACAUGCUGUAUUGUGCUAAUGUGGGGGACUCCAGGGCGGUCGCUAGUGUCAGAGGGACUGCGGAAUCGUUAUCAUACGACCACAAGCCGAAUAACAAAGAGGAGUUGGAGAGGAUCACAGCCGGUGGUGGAUGGGUUCAGCUAAACCGGGUCAACGGAAACUUGGCCCUCUCGAGGGCGUUUGGUGAUUAUAUAUUCAAGAAGAAUUUAAGACUAUCUCCAAGGGACCAGAUUGUCACCGCAUAUCCUGAUGUUCAAGUGCGGCAGCUGACUGAUGAUUGGGAAUUUAUAGUGAUCGCCUGCGACGGCAUCUGGGAGGUUGUGACUAACGAGGAAGUGGUACAGUUCUGCCGCGUUCGAUUACUGAGUGGAUGGGAGCCGGCUGCGGUCUGCGAGGCCCUGAUGCAGCGCUGCCUCGCUCCGAAUUGCCUCACCGGUGGUCUGGGCUGCGACAAUAUGACGGUGGUGAUUGUGUGCAUUGCGCCUUUCCCCACGCCCGAUAUGUUGAUGUCUUUGCCCGCUGAACAAAUGCUGAAUGAUAAAUUUAUGACCAAUAUGGACGAUCUGCUGUACGUAGAAGAUGAAGAGGAAGACCUAAAGUGAACUCUGUUUGCAUAGAUAUAAGUGAAAUUUUCGUGUAACGGGCUUGCCUCCACCGUUUAGUACUCUGUUAUAAAGUUAGUACACAAGAUAUUAAGAACAUAUUUACCAUCAAAAUAUCUUCGUGGUUGGUUGGGUUUAUAAUAUAAAACAGGAUUAUGCAAUAAUUAAUAUUUUUAAUUCACUUUUUCUACCGCUAUAACACAAAAAUAAUUUGCAAUGUUCAAAUUAAUUCUUGAGACAUUUUAUUUGCUUCAAAUUGUUAAACAUGAUUAAGUUAAUAUGAAAAACAUGCAUAGUGACUUGUUAUUCAACUGAUCGCAAUUACCGAAAUAAAGUCAAUACUGGGCUAGCUUAUAUGAGGUUACCCCGAUGUAAUUUUGGCAGUCGAUCCUGUAUCUUUCCACUUUUCAAAAAGCUUACCGACUUGCUAUCGCCUCUAGAGUUUGUGAUCGCUGGAUUUGCUGGUCGUUUUCAUCAAAAAUACUCAUUUUUUCUCCUUUGCACAGGAUGCCGGCUAGAUUAUGGAUACCACAACGGCGCCUAUUUCUGCCGUAAAUCAGUAAUGUGUAAGCAUUAUUGUGUUUCGGUCAGAAGGGCGCCGUAGCUAGUGAAAUUACUGGGCAAAUGAGACUUAACAUCUUAUGUCUCAAGGAGACGACCGCAAUUGUAGUGCCGCUCAGAAUUUUUGGGUUUUUCAAGAAUCCUGAUCGGCACUGCAUUGUAAUGGACAGUGCUUAUCAAUAAGCUGAACGUCCUGCUCGUAAAAACAGUCCAAUAUUAGGUGAUCUUGUUAUGUUAAUUAAUGUCACUCACUGACUGAAGAUGAAAAGGGCGUUGUUUUUAUUUAUUUAUUUAUUUUAUUUCAUUUAUUCAGGAUACAAACGGUCACAAUUCAAAAACUUUACACUAUUUUAUUUAAUGAAGACCUAUAGUUCCAUAAAAUAAUUUUAAAACUACUUAAUACUUACAAUGUGAGUGCUUUGUUAUAAAUAAAAUAAUACUAAAUUUAAUUGCAAAUAAAGUGAUAAAAUAUAAAACCUAUAAAAUACAAAACUUAAUAUAUUACGAUAUGAAAACAAAACAGAAAGAUUUACUUAUGCUACUUAUGUUUAGACAUGGCUUCUUUAAUCAUAAUUUUGAAUUUAGCAAACGGCAAGUGAAAAAUAUCUAAUUUUCCAAAUUUUUCAUUAAAAAGUUUACAAGCUCGUCUGGUAUAACUAUUGCUAGUGUGACAUGUAUGUGCUCUUUUGAUGGUAAACACAUCUUUUUGAAGAGUGUGUCUUUCAGGUCUGCAAGGAACUCUAAAAUUAAUCUUAUGUAGUAAUUGAGGAACGUCCACUUUAUUAUAAAGGAGUUUAUAAAGAUAUGUUAUGUCAAAAAUAUCCCUACGAUGUCUUAAAAGCAUUAUAUUGUUGCGUUCAGAGGAUUCUAAGUAAUCGUUGUAAAUAUGUCCAGUACGGUAUUCAAGUGAUUUGACAAAUAUCUUUUAUAAUCUCUCUAUUCUAUCGAUAUGAACUUUAUAGAAUGGAUGCCAAACAGUACAAGCAAAUUCUAAAUUGCUACGUACGUAGCUAUGAUAAAGCAACUUAUAAGUGAAGAUAUCCUUGAAAGGUUUACUUAAACGUAAUAUAAAACCUAACUGUUUGAAGGCUUUAUUUAACAUUUGAUCGAUGUGAGCGACAAAAUUUAACUUGGUAUCCAUAAUAACCCCUAGAUCUCUAAUUUGAUCAACUAUUUCUAAUAUUUGGUCAUAUAAUUUAUAAUUGAAUUUUAUCAUAUCAUUUCUUCGUGUAUAACUCAUGAUAUAACAUUUAUUUGUAUUUAAGAAAAGAUUAUUAGUAUUGCAGAAUUGCUCAAAAUUCGAUAGAUCAGCUUGAAGAAGUUCGCAAUCACUAGUAUCCUUGAUAAUCCUAAAAAUCUUUGUAUCGUCCGCGUAAAGUUAUUACUCGUAAACCUUUAAUAAAAGUCCUAUCAUUUAAAUCGAAGUGCUUAUACAAUCACGAAUUAUGCAAGUUAAGUCCAAUCAACCAGAGUUAAGAUCAGAGUUAUGCUAUCCGUUGUACGAAAAUUUAUAAAUAUAAAACUAGUCUAAUAAAUAUUAAAUUUAAGGCUGAUUACAGACGCGCGACCAAUACUGCGAACAAAAGUAAAUCGCGUGUCCUAGUCCCCGUCAAUGGCAAUUAUAAUGAUGUAAAUUAAUGUCUAUAUGUAAUGAAAAGUUAUUGUUGUGGUUAUUUAUAUAACGAAGUUGAUUAUUAAUUAUUAUUUUUGAUAAUUAUGUAAUUAUUACUUUGGCACAUUGUAGAAAUCGUUAGAAAGUUUUUUGUUAUGUUUAUUGGCAGGUUAAAUUUUGUUGAAAGAAAUAUAUUUUUCUAGUCUAAAAACUAAAAGAAAUAAGAGAUUAAUAUUAAAAAAAUAUUCCAUAUCUUUUCAUUUUUGUAAUUUAUUUAAAUUUUGAUGAGAAAAGUGUUUAGUGUUAGUGUUUUUAAAAAUAAAAAGGUAACAGCUUUUGCAAUUGUUCAUAGUUUUUGCUAUUAGGCAUCAAGAAUUCCUGAAAUAAAGUGAAUCCUGAAGCAAGAAAUUAAUAUUAGCACUUUGUCUCUCUAGAAUCAAGAUUAUUCUGAGUAACCCGAUGAGGUCUGGUGUAAAAUUACUACCAAAGUUUCAAUAAAACAAAGUUUCUAAGCGAUUUCACACCUAAUAUUUAAAAAAGUAUGUGUGUGCUAUUAAACUGUUAUACAUAAAUAACAUUAAGUAUUGCUAAUCUAGACGUGACGUGAUAAGCCCUGUAUUCGCAAAUUAAGAAUUUAAAAUCUUUUUUUUUAUUCAACCUCUGUUGUAGUAUGUUGUGUUGGUUAUUUUAAUUACCUGAGACUAUGUAUUGACAGUGUCAUUAAAAAAAAAUGAAUUUAGAUAUCGCUUCACAUUAUAUUAGAGUUACGUGGUGAAGUUAGUCUUAAAGUCCUGGUGUCGGAAUGUCGAGACGCUGAGUGGCAUACGCGUCCAUUGAAUAAAAUUUACGGUCACACUUUUUAUCUGAAACGCGUUAUAAGGAGUAUAGAUUUAAAAAUACAAUAUUUUUUAUUUUUAUCGCUUUAAAUCAGCACAAUAAUUUUAUUUUAGACUUUUAAAUAGCUAUUAAAGGGACCUAUUUCUAUAAACUACCUCUCGUGCGAAGACUAAUGUAGCUGUUCUUAGGUUUUUAGCAUUGUGCUGGAAUUUUCUUUUUUAAAUAUGUAUCAGACUUAACAAUGGUUAUAAUCGCACCGUCAAUAGGCCUUAUAAACGACCAAUAAAAAUGUACAAUUUAAUUGAAAAUAAUAAUAAUCUUUCUUGACAAAAAAUAAGUAUAACUGAGAUAUAGUUUAUAUUACCUAUCUGUGACAAUAAGUUGCUAGGAAGAUUUGCCUCCAGCGUUAUAGAUUUACAAUAAGGCAAGAAAUAAGUAUAUUAUUUAUCCGCGACAUUAGUUGCAAAUUUGCCUUCUCACGGCGCGACGUUUAUAGCCAUCAGUUAUGUCGAAUAGAAAUUUUUAUUCAUGAUUUAUUUAUCCGUGCCAAAUAUUAAUUAGCAUUUAGUUUCAAGAAUCAUGUAUCUAAUUAUUUAACCUCACAAAUAUUGAUCCAGUUAGUACAAUUUUAGCUUACUGACAUUAGUUACUUCGCUAAUAAAGUGCUGUCAAAUACUAUCAUUACUGAUGUUUGUGAUGACAUCUAUGAGACCAAGAUGAAAGUAAAAAAAUCGUCCCAUUGUUAUAAUGUCCGUUGUUUUAUCACUCGAUUGAAAGUUUUGUUGUAACUUAAUAUGUUUUAUUUAAUAAUUAAUUUAAUUAAUAAUAUGACGUUAUAUUAUUCGUCUUAGGUGUGCGAUGAUAAUUUAUUUCGAAACUUUCGAUGUUUUGAAUUAAUCACCAAUGUGCGGUUGAGAAGCUUAAACAGUUUUUGAACAUUUAAAUUACACACCUCCAAUUAAAAUAUAAAUUGCUAGUAUCUAAUACUUUAUGUGAUGUUUUAUAUUAAUCAUCAACGAAUUAGUCUUAUAGUUUGUAAACCGCCUUAUAAUUUCUUUGAUUUUCGUACAGAGUGUGAUUAGUAGUGUAUGGUUUUAAUCGAGCUUAAUAAAGGAGCAUUUUGUAAUAAUGUUUUAUUGUAGAUUUUGUUUGAAAAUAUCAUAUCUGUUUAUAUUAGUGAAAUAAAGUUGUACAAUUUU